CAACGCUGCAGCUUGUUCAUUUUGCAUCUCAUUGCAAUUACAACUGCGGUAAAUUUGAGCGGCUUUAUGUAAUCUACAGUCAUUAAGCUUGAUUUUGGCGUUGUAUGCCGCAACUGUUGGUGCUAUUCCGAAGGAGGUACUGUUCGUUUUAGCAUUCCCGAUUCGCGUGCAAAUGUGAAGAAUAAAAGAAUCUUCCGGCCAGUGUGUAUGGCGAACACCGGAGGCAAACAUAUGUUGUCGACGAGCCAAGUUUAUCAAAGAGGAUCUGCAUUGCAAAGCGAUGACGGUUGAUCGGAUAGCUACUUCUUGAUAAAACCGUUUACCUUUAGAGAUGCCGAACCUAUCCUUUGGUGGUCCGAGAGAUCGCCCGCGAGGCUCGAUCUGUGAACCAAUGACGCAGACAACAAUGGCAAGAAGAGUGAUGUUGAUUCAUCAGCUGGUUUUGAAGGGUGAUUUAAAAGAGUUGAAGAAGGAGAUUGCCAAGGACAUAGAUCUUUUAGAAGGCAAGAACAGUGAGGGGAUGACACCACUUUUCCAGGCUACAAGCAAUAAUAACUUGGAGUGUGUUCAGUUCCUUGUUACAUCCGGUGCAAAUAUUGAUGCACGUGAUAAUGUUGGAAGGACUCCAGUUGCUUUGGCAGCUUAUCAGGGUUGGCAUGAUGGACUGUAUUACCUUCUUGCAAAAGGUGCCAAUUGUUUGAUUGCUGACAAUGAUGGCAGACUUCCUCUUCAUGCAGCAACAUACUUCAGCAAUGAAAAGUCUCUUGAAGUUCUACUGCAGCAUUUGUCAUUUCAAGAUGUAGAUGUGCGAGAUAAUGAGGGAAUGACAGCACUUCACUGGGCUGCGUUCCAUGGCAGGACAGGUCACGUGAGAUUGCUGGUGGAAAAGAAAGCUGAUCUUCUGUCACGAGACACAGAUGGAAAACUACCUCUCCACUGGGCUGCCCAGAAUGGUUAUGUGUCAACCUGUCAAGUGAUGCUUGAAAUGUGUGAGGGUCACAACCUGGUCAAUGGAAAAGACUUCUCUGGACGGUCACCCAUUCACUUAUCAGCUGCAGCAGGACAGUAUUGUGUCCUUGUGGAACUGACUGCUGUCCCAUUUGCAAAUAUUGUAGCCUUGGACAAUGAUGGCAGAACCCCACUUCACUGGGCAGCAGCCACAGGGCAUGCUUAUUGUGUUGCUCAUUUGCUGAGGCUUGAAAGUGACAAGGAAGCUGAAGACAAACAUGGAGGAACUCCAUUACAGUAUGCUCAACAGGGACACCACUCUGCGUGCUGUCAGUUAUUAAUGGCCCAUGAUCCUAGCAAUCCUCUUGCCACAGAAGUACCAUUGAUAAAAGAGUCACCUGUAGAAAUUCUUCCCGUUCCUGGAAACAGUCGCCAUGGAUCUGAUGGUGUCCAGCUUUUUAAUCAGAUCCACAAUGGAGUGACCAAUGGUUUUAAUUCCCAGCUUCAAACAGAUUGUAGUGAUUCAGAGGUGCAAGAAAUCCUUGGCGACAGUACGACUGCUGUACAAGUUUUUGUGGAAAUGAACGGAGAUGAAGAAGAUUGCACAGAAGCAGGGGACAUGGUUUCAUUGCUGCAUGAUGUUAGUGCAUGGCCCAGUAUUACAUCCCCAGCAUCACCCUAUUUCCUUCAUCCCAGCCUGAAUGGUGAAUGUGAUGCAGGUGGUUAUAGAAGUGAGGAGGACAGUCGGUACCCCCCACAGAUGGCCCUCACACCCAUCCCAGCCUCACCCGUACCCCCUGAGGAGGGUAACCACGGCAAUCCAACAAGACCCCCCAUCUUGCCAAGAUUUAGUUUUGAGGACCAAGUUCCCAUUGUGCGGCCUUCAGGCGCCCCAGUUCCUGCCCUUGCACCUAUCAAAUCAAAGACAAUGCCCGAGAGGUUACGACUGGACAAUUACAAGUCCACCCCCCUGAAACCAGUGGAAAUGAAGCCACCCUCCCCAUCCACAGAAGCACUUUUGGCUCCGCUCAAGAUAGCUAAAGCAAAACAAAACCCCGUACCUAUGAAUACAAAAACGCAGCUUUCGAGUCCCACUACAAGUAGUCCAGGAGAAGCGGGAACUCCAGAUUGUAAUGACAUGCACUGGGCGCGUAAAGGAAAAUUAAAGGCAGACACGCUCACACUUACGACUGUCAGUGAUAAUUUGGAGUCAGAUCUAUUCCGUAAGUUAAAAGACAAGCGUCCUUCCGCAACCGGUACAGCUGGCCAGAUGCUGCCAACAAUCUCAGAUAAACCGAGUCACGUGACCCAAGUUCAAGGAUCUAGGCAGGAUCAGUUAGAAGCAAAAAAGAAACAUAGGAGAAGAACUUCGAAAAACCAUAGUAUUCCAGAAGACUUAGAUUUAAGAGACGGAUUUGUGGAAGAGAACGUCGAAGACGACACAAAGUCAAGCAGAAGUAUAGGAAAUUUGAAAGAAAAACCGAAGAAAAAGAAGAAAGUACGAAAAGUAAUGAGCUGGAACUUUUAAUAAGAGAUGUCUGAGAAAUGCCCAAAGACACUAAGUACCUCAGGGCCUCAAGGUACAUCUACAUGUAGAAUUCGUAGAGACCGCGGAUCGAUUUCCCUGUUAGAGGGGCUUCAAACAGAUGGAACUUCUUCUUCACGAAAACGAGGCGAACAUGCUGGAGCCCCCUGACACACUUUCAGAGCCCCCACCCCCCAUACCUCUUAUUACUCUUAUUACUCUUUGUUCCGACUCAAAGAACGAAGAGUAGAACAGAAGGGAUUGCAAUGGGCGAAAGUGUUAAACUUUUUUUUACGUGGGAAGCGUAUUGCGGGAACGUCGAUUCUGUCAGCCUUGACGUGCGAUGCCGUAAAUGGUUAGGACCGGCUCAUGACUUCUCUAUUUUUGCGCUCGUUUGUCAAAAUUGAGCAUUCGUGAUCCACGCAGACCACGUGAGCUAAGAAGGUAACAAUGCAGGAAAGACUUUGCGAUUCGGGACUGCUCAUUAUUUAUCGCCUGGGGGGGGAGGGGGGGGAGAUUAUGCAGAACAGCAAUUUUUUUUUGUAACUACUCGACGACUGAGUUUCUUUAAAUGAAGUUUUAGCUUUAAAUAAAUGUCUUUUACAUUCUACUAAUGCAAUAGGGAUAAUUGAACCUUUCAGUAAAGCGCAGCCUGCGCAGACGAGCUCGUAAAGAAGGGAAGAGAGGAGAGGAGAGUAGUUGAAUGGAAUAAAAGACACGCAUUUCAAUUUCUGUAGCCCCCCUUAACGACAAAUUCCCCCUCUGUACCCCCCAAAAAAUCCUCUUACUCCCCUCUCCCCCCCUUCCCACCGUCAGGCGAUAAAUAGUGACUGGUUUCUUAGGGAGGUCAUUUUUUUUUUUCGCGAUGUACUUCUUCUUUGUAAUAUGGUGUACAACUAAUUACAAAGGGCCUCCUUUUAGUUGACAGGUAAAACAAAUUGACCCUGGCGGUGAACUGUUUUCUACGUGAGCAGCAAAUCGUUUUCCUGUGAUUUAAAUUUUUUAUGAAUCUUUAAAGAAGUAAGAAAGGGGCGUGUAUCCCGUAAGUUUACCGACUGCACCUAGAAGAGUAUUAAAACUAUUGCCGUCCAUAGAAAUUGAUCAUAAUUGUUGUAUAAAUCUAUAAUAUUUGUCAGAUGUUUAAAUUAUUUCAUAUUUUAUGAAAGAAUGAACGCUUAUCGACUCAAAAAAACAUACGUUUUAGAUACUGAUCAUGGUCGAUUUCAAUUUGUACAGGAUAGAGCGAAGAAUUAUUAUGAAGCGAUGUAGAUAUAUUUUAAGAGGAUGGAAAGUCGAAAAAAUCCUAGGAAAAUUUGUUAAGGUAAAUGUCGGGACCGUUGUCAGUAUCUGAGCAAAUAAGAAUCCAAACCUUCCCCAAUCGAACAGCAAGGGGAGGGGUGGUACUCAGUUGCUAAGAUACCGACAUCGAUGCAUAUGUCGCCCGUGUCUUGUUCUCCAAAAAAAGAAAAAAUGGACGAAAAAUGUUUUUGGGCGAAAAUAUGUUGCCCAAUGUUAACAGUGCUUUUCUUUUCAUUUUGAAAAAUUUGACCAUACUCGUUAAUUUAGAUUUGGAAAAGAAUUGAGGCCACGGUUCUUUUAUAGUUCUUUGAGAGAAGGAACAAUGACCUUCAUUACGAGGCUAGUGUUGAAAUAUUUAGUACUUGAGCUAAGGACUUAAAUUUAUCUAAUAAUAUAAUUGAAUUCUAUAAUUCAGAUAUACGAUGUUUAUUAUGAAAUCAGCCGACGAUUACAUUUAUUUGUUAGACAUUUAUAACGAUUAAUUUAUUUCUAGAGAUAUAUUACAAUGCACUACAAAUCGUUCUAUAAUUUUAUUUCAUUUACAUGAUCAUAUAAUUUGUAAGUGAGCUGUUAACCAAAGUCGUAAAGAAACAUUUCAAAGUUUGUGA